GCGACAAACUUGAAAUACUUUUCCGUUGAGGUGCAGAAGCUUUCAGAUAUUUUGAUGUAUCAGAUCAAGAAAUAAAGUCUAGGAAAAUUAAUUACUUGCUUGUGAUGGUUUAUAGACCUCAAUAAAUACCGGCUUACAGGAGACAAAAGAGGAUCCUAUCCUGAUAUUCUUUAUACAUCAUUUUGGAACACGACACACGCAAAAGAUGAACAUCUUCAAUAGACUGACGCCUCGCUACAUCACCCUGAUUUUCAGCUUCAUGACUAUCCUUCUUUUGUUCACCCAAAACCCGAUCGAUAAUACUGUAGAUUCCUUUGAUGACUCGAUCUUUCAAGUUUCAUGCUCCUGUAAAUCUUGCGUCAUGGGUUUUAUGGACGAUGACUGGUUCAUUUAUCGAUACGACCCCAGCAUUACACCUCUGCUGAACAGAAAAAAUAGUGUGUUACGUCGAGACACCUACAGAUGGUGGAGGGGUCUACAGCCAUCAAUGUUCAGGAUCAACUACACAGAGGUGGUGGAUCAGAUGUUUUCUCUCUUCCCUGAUAAAGAGCACUACUCAGACGCCGGUCCAGAUCGCUGCAGAACCUGUGCUGUGGUGGGAAACUCUGCAAACCUUCUGGGAUCCCAUUAUGGGUCUCUAAUAGAUUUCCAUGAUGUUGUGAUUAGGAUAAAUAAAGGCCCGACAAAAGGUUACGAGAGGGAUGUGGGGUCAAAGACAACUCACCGGAUUCUGUAUCCUGAAAGCGCCAUGGACUUGGACAACUCAACCCAUUUGGUGCUUUUUCCCUUUAAGAUUCGCGACAUGCAGUGGCUCAUAAGUACCUUCACCACUAGACACAUCACACGCACCUACACACGAGUCAAACCUUCAAUAAAAGCAGAUGAGAACAAGGUGAUGGUCCUCCAUCCUGCUUUCAUAAAAUAUGUCUAUGAAAAAUGGCUUCUGAAACAUGGCAGAUAUCCAUCUACAGGCUUCAUUACAAUAAUAUUUGCCAUGCAUAUCUGUGAUCAGGUGAAUGUGUUUGGGUUUGGGGCUUCAAGUACUGGAACCUGGCAUCAUUACUUUGACAGAACUCGCACUCACUAUAAAGGCGGCCCUCAUGGUGGAGACUUUGAAAACAAAACAAUCCAUCAACUUCAGCAGAGAAACAAGAUUUCAAUAUAUAAAGGAUAUAGAUAAGACCAGGAAUAGACAUUUUAUGUUUAACAUUUAUGUUAAGUCAUUUUGCUAACAUUUUUAUGUUGAGGCCGCAUGACCAUAUGUUUAUAAAACUAUAUAACUUUCUUGUGGCCAAGAGUUUAAUGUGUUAACAGACCUUAUGAUUAUCCCAGUUUUGCAACAUUCACACAGGUUUGUUUACGCAUUAAACAGAGAAACAAGAUUUCUAAAUAUAAAGGGAUAAAUAAGACUUCUUCCAUUUAAUGAAGGAUCUCAAAAUGGUGUGUAAAACAAAACAAAAUGGCUACAAAAUUGAUGCAAAAAUGAAAGACAAAUAAAUAUAUGUUAAUAUGAAUGUUAGCUAACUAUGGUAACAAUGUUUUAGGAGCUGUAGCAAAGGCUCUAUAUUGUCCUACUCGUAUUUAUAAUACUGUAUCAACAAACAUAUGGUUUGUACCUGGUGUUCUUGUACUAAAGUAGCCAACUAAUCUGUUAGACAUUUUGAAUGUUUGUAUGGUUAUUCAAAUUAUAUUUUGGUUGAAACAAAAAAUUAAUUAUUUUGCCACAAAUUCCUGUACCAAUAAGAAAUGUCAAAACAACCCCAAAAAUGUUCUUUUUCAUAUUGUUUAAGUAAGGAAUAAUUGAUGACAGGCCAAUUAAUUAUUAAAGAAAGAAUGCACACCCUUCGCGUCUGGGCCAUUCCCCCUUAGGUAUGCAUUAUUUUUCUAAUAAUCCAACAACCUGGAGUCAAUUAUUCCCCUUAUACUAUGGUUACCACACCUCAAGAAAUCAAUCAGAAGAUAUAUUUAAAAGGGAUUAGUCCAGUUUUAGUACUUAAAUCACUAUUGUGAGUAGGAAUAUUUCUUCCGCAUCUCAUUCACUGCCUCUUUUACUAGUCCCAAAACGUAAUUUUAAAGCUGGUAAUGGAAACUUGGAAACCAAUAAUCCUACCCAACAAUGCAAAAGUGGCACCAACCUUGAACAAUAAAUGAAAACAUUUAAAUUACUUCAGGGCAGAAUUCAGUGGACAAAUUUAACUUAGGACUCACAAAAGAAAAACUGCAAAAGAGAAGGAGGGAGAGCAGCUUUCAAGCCUAAAAUCAGCAUGAACACAAACAACCACACACACACACCUCCGGAGCAGCCUUUUAUGCUGCGGCACCAUGGGAGCUGUUAGGGGUUCAGUACCUUACUCAAGGACACUUCAGUUGUGGUAUUGCCAGCCGAGACUUGAAUCCACUACCUUAGGGUUAGAAGUCAAACUCUCUAACCAUAAGGCCACAACUUCUCUACCACCCUCACAGACCUCAAUUCAACCUAUAUACCAACCCAGAAGGAAUCCAGUGAAAUCAAUUUACCCAAAAAAUCAACAAAUACCUUCUGUAUUCUUUGCAGUAGAUAUUUUAGGGGGUCAAUAACAGUCAAACAAUGCCAUAGCAUUGAUGCUGUUAGACUGUUUACAACAAGAACCAUCCCUCUAUAAGAAGGAUCCAUUCUCCAUUUCUGUAAGUGCCCAGUCACCUUUUUUUAUAUAGAGGCCUUCCCAAUUUCUUUCAAUGUAUUGCUCUGUUCCAAAGAAAACAGCACUUUAAGCCCCUCUAAACUCCAGGAGCAGCCCUGAGGAAGUUUUGGAAUGCCUCCUUUCUCCCACUGGCCUAAUAACAAAGGUGUACUGUUUUUCCAGUUGACUCGAGCUGAAGAUCUCAAGAGCUGCUUCCAGACUGUACACAUCUUCAUUUGAUCUAAUUACUACAGUGACAUUGUCAGUGUAAGCACUGAGUUUAACAUUUACCAUCCCUGAAGUAGAAGAUCCCACCAUUGGAAUUCCACAAAGUUGAUGCUUCUGAGCAGUUAGCAAAGGUUCAAAGGCAUAUAAAAUGCCUGACAUACAUUACUACAUCUUUGUUGUAUGCCUCUGCCAACUAGAAAAGAUCUUGUGAGUUAACCACUUAUUUUCAAAAUACUGUAAAUAUCAGCAUACAACUAUUUCAUAAUAUAAAUGAAUGAAAAACCAAAUCUAAAAGCUUCAAAACAUUUGAAAAGGAACUCAUGGUCCAAAGCCUUACUGAUCCAAAAGAUAAUAAACCCAUUUUAAAAUUAUUUUCUCUGGCAAAUUAAAUACAAUCAUGAAUCAUAAACAAAUGAUCAAAUAUUGUAAGUUUUGGAAUACAGUACUACUGAUCUGCGUGAAUUAUUGUU